CGUGACGUUCUGUCAUAUGGAAACGAUAUAGGAAACGACAAAACGCCGUCGUUUUUCAGUUUUGAAUCAAUGGCCACGAAACCGAUGAUACGAUUUGUCAACCUCUCGGAGGAAUGCAGUCAAGUUUACUCAGAUUUGUCACGAUGAUCGCACUACUAGUUAACGUGACUUGCAUCCGGGACGAUCUUAAAAAUAGCAGAAACGUUCGAUCGAGGGAAGCCAAUCUGAUCGUUCGAAAUACGAGAAGAGAGAACUCGCAAGGGAAUACGGAUUUGAAAAUGGAAAGAGCUAGGAUCAGAGGGACUCGAGAACAAAGGCAACAUGAAGAAAAUAAUACGGAUAAAGUUAUGAACGUCAAUGAGACGACACUCUUCGAAUCGCAAUCAACUCAGAUCAGCAGACUGGCAGAGAAAUUUGCUAACGACGCUCUUAAGUCUUUGAAGAUGCGAGAAACCAUAAAUAAACUCGUGAAUAUUGACUCUUCUCGGAACAAUACUGAUAGGUAUUCGUUAAUUUUCAUGGAAGAAGACGUCGCACAGAAAUCUAAUUUAAAACCAAAUCAUUCGAAAUCUUCGAAGCAUAAAGGUAAGAAGAAAAAAAAACGGAAGAGGCAUAGAGGUCGACGUAAACGACUGAAGAAACAUCGAGAACCUCGAUGGUCCAAGAAGACAUCCGCUAAGGCAGAUUACGACUCCAAAAGAAAAAAGACUCUCGUAAAAGGGAAAUCAGUUAAAGGGAAAAUAUCUAAUAUUUAUCCUAAAAAUAAUAUUAAAAAGGCAUUGGAUCAAGAAGUAUCCGAUGACGGUAAAUUCGAAAUUGAUAAUAUAACAGUCAUUAUGGAUGCAGAUGAUUACAUUGAUUUGACUCAAUCCACAAUUUCGAAUACGGCGACAACCACAAUUGCAAAUGCAAUUACGAAAACAGAUAAUAAGAAUGAACGAGACGACGAAAAGAAAAAUAUGAUAAAUCGAUUAAUGAGGACGACUACGAAGGAACCAACGAAGAAAAAUUCUGACGAUCAAGGAGCAGAAUAUGCCGAAUAUUACAACGACAUUGAUGAAUUCGAAGAGAAAAUAGAAAAAUAUCCUCGUGCUAGAUCUGUUCGUCAAAGUUAUACAAUGUCUUCUCCAUAUAACGACAAUCCAGUAUACUUUCAGUCAGAACAAUUGUCCUCGAAAAGAAGACUUCAAAAACUCAGAUCUAAUCAAAAUUUGAAUAACAAUUUCUAUACAUACAAUGAAAAUGUUCAAGAAUAUCAAACUGAAAAGGAUCCAAAAAUGGAUCAAGAAAAUUUCGAUACUAAUUCAUUAAUUCCAAAAUCAAACGGAAAUCAAUACACUUUACCAUUAGAUACAGAUGAAAAAAACAUGUAUAAUAAUUAUGGAUUUAAUUUGGGAAUAUUGCAAUCGGGACAAGAACAAAACUAUCCAAAUAAUUAUGGUUCAUUGUUGCAAAAAACCAAUGAAAAAUAUCUUUAUCCCUUAAGUGAUAAUAAUCAAGAAGAUCUAAUGAACAAUCAAUUUCAAUUACAUUCCGAGGAAAUUCCUACACCUCGGAUCAAUGACAACGAAGGGAAUACGAUUGAAUUAAAAAAUCCUACAAACAUCUAUUCGGAACCAUAUGAAAAAACUUACGUUUUACCUUCGGAACAACAACAAUUGCAUUAUAUCCCAGUAUACAAAAAUAAGGAUCAAGGAAAUCAUUUAUAUCUCGUGAAUCCUUCCAAAACUCAAACUAGAAUGUAUAAUGAAAGUAGUGCGGAUACGCUAAUGGAUAUGAACAACAAUUUGUACGGGCCUUUACAAAAGGUUGUUGAUAUUUCGCCUAAGAAACAUGUUGAACCUAUAGAAAGAUUUUUAAAUCCCGUUUAUCUUGAUUCCGAGGGAAAUGGGGAUAAGAAAGAUGAAUCUAAGGAUGCGAUGACGUUGAACCAGCAAAUGGCUAGACGUGGACUUCAAAAGGGAGUUAAGAAUAUGAAGAAUAAAUCGAGCGUUUAUGAUCAGUCACCAACUGUAAAAGAAAAAGAUAAAUUGGGAAAAGAAUUUAUAGAAAGUAAAAACGGUAUUAGAAAUCGGAAUUCCGUUGAGGAGGACGUUGCAAAUGUGCACCACGUUAAUAUCGCUGUUACCGUUAACGAAACGAAAGAAGUUGCCGAUCAGAUACUCAAUAGAAUUGUCGAUGAAUUAGAAGAAAUUAAAAUGGAUCAUUCGACAGAUAAAAAUAAUGAAGGUCUACCCUGCAAAUUAACAGGAUCAUGGGUGACAAACAAGGCUGGAGUGAGAUUAGAUAUGAAGGUUUUAAAUAAAAGUAUAAUAGUCACCUUGGCAAAUCUCAUAUCUCAACCUAUACAUGAAGGACUUCUGAACACAACGUGGAAUGUAACAGGACAUGCGCCAUUUAGACGUGGUGGACCAUUUUCCUUACUCGCUUAUGACAAUCGUACUAAAACUUUAGCAAUUUUCGUCGGUUCUUGCAAAGUAUGUCAAGGAAUUGAUACGAUUCAGGGUGUUUGGUCGGUCGCGCAUGAGCCAAGAGACUGUCGAAAUUUUCAAAUGGCUAUUGGAAUAUUUAAUGAUAUAUUCCGAAGAACCAAACUUCUGUCAGAGAUAAAGAAAAAAAAGAAGGCUAUUCUUCAGAAUAUAAUAGGAAACAAUACUAAUACAACGUCAAAUAACGUUAAUCCGAAAAAUAAAAACUAUUCGUAA